AUGAUACCACCGAUUGAAUAACGGAAUGACAUGAUGUUACGCCCGGAUUAUAACCAGGUGGAAGUAAUUCACGUCAUACGUAAUAACGGUAUAAAUGAUAAACGAAAAUCACACUGGGUCACAAUCAUAGUUAUCUAAAAUCCACCAGCAGUUUAAGCCACACGUACGUUUAAACUCAAACAUGCAGUACCUAGCUGGUCUAGUUCUUAUUUCAUCAAUUAUCGCCUCAACUCUAGCUGCUGAUUGCUCUAUCCUACCAGACGGAAUUUACGAGCCUGCAUGCAAAACGUACCUUCAAUGUACAGGUGGUGUGGCUUCAACCGUGCAAUGCGCAGAUAACAAGGUCUUCAACAAUGUAACACAGGCUUGUGAUGAUAUGUUAAAUGUAGGUGCCCCAUGUGGAACACUCCGAGACUGCACAGGAAAAGCUGAUGGUCUAUAUGCUGAUAUUGACUGGAAAUGUCGAUCUUAUUACACCUGUAACACAGAAACAUUCAUGGGACAUAACCCUUGCUCAGCUAAUCUUGUAUUCAACGAAAAACUGUCGACCUGUGAUUGGAUAUACAAUGUAGACCCACCAUGUGGAGAUAAAGGGAAAAAUCCAGUUACCAAAUCAGCUUUCGGAAGACGACGAUAAUCUACUAUCAUAAUGUUUUAUCAAUUCAGACUUCUUGCUAACACUUAAUCAACGAUUUCUUUCUAUGAACAAUCACACAAACAAAGCCUAAUAUUUGAUACUCCAGGCAUAACAAAAUUUGUUCAACAUUAUGUAACAUAUAACAACAAAAUAUUUGAUACUGUGACGAUAUUGAAUCUCUGAAUAAAAGUUUUCGAUCUUUA